AUGAGGAGAUGGACCUGGACACGUUCUACACGGCUGUGCAGAAAGGUGACGUGCAGACUGUGAGGAGGGGGCUGGACGCUGGGGUGGACCUCAGGGCCCAGAGGAGAUGGUCUAACCGGACAGCCCUGCAUGUGGCCAGCGAGCACGGGCGGACUGAAGUGGCGGCAUUGCUGAUCGAACACGGUGCCGACCUGAAGGCGGGGGACGACGAUGACCAGACAUCCCUGCAUGUGGCCAGCAGGUACGGGCAGACUGAAGUGGCGGCAUUGCUGAUCGAACACGGUGCCGACCUGGAGGCGAGGGACGGGUACCAGGACACACCUUUGCAUGAGGCUGCUCUCGGGGGCCACACCGGGACUUGUGAGCUUCUGAUCCGUCAUGGGGCAGACGUGACGGCCAGGAAUGAGGGCCAGUACACACCUUUGCAUCUGGCUGCUUUCUGUGGCCACACCGGGACUUGUGCGCUUCUGAUUCGUCAUGGGGCAGACGUGACGGCCAGGACUGAGGACACACCCUUGCAUCUGGCUGCUGUCCGGGGCCACACCGGGACUUGUGAGCUUCUGAUUCGUCAUGGGGCAGACGUGACGGCCAGGAAUGCGUACCAGGACACACCUUUGCAUGAGGCUGCUCUCGGGGGCCACACCGGGACUUGUGAGCUUCUGAUCCGUCAUGGGGCAGACGUGACGGCCAGGAAUGAGUACACACCUUUGCAUCUGGCUGCUUUCUGUGGCCACACCGGGACUUGUGCGCUUCUGAUUCGUCAUGGGGCAGACGUGACGGCCAGGACUGAGGACGGACGGACACCUUCUGAGGUAGCAGAGGACCAGGAGACUCUUCGUGUUCUGAAGGAAGUGAUCAAAGAGAAGUUGUACAGCGAGUUGCUGCAGAAGUCUGGCGGAGUGAAGACCGACAGGUGUAAGGUGUCCUUGUUUGGGAAAGAAAAAGGGGGAAAAUCCACACUUGCAGAAAGUCUUCAAAGGGGCUGGGUGUCUGCACGGCUCCAAGGUUGGACUUACAUGUACACGUCGUCAGCCGAGGAGCUUCACGACCCCACCCCAGGGGUGAAUGUUGGGACGUUCCAUAUUCCAGGGGUGGGGGAGGUCAGCCUGUGGGAUUUUGCUGGGCAGUCGGAGUACGCGGUAACCCACAGCAUGUUCAUGGAUGCAGAGAACACCAUCUCCAUUGUGCUGUACAACAUCAUGGACGACACCCAAGAACAAGACGUCCACCGGUGGCUGAGUUUCAUCAAGUCCUGCAACCCAAACCGGCAGCGUGACGUCAUCUUAGUGGCCAGCCAUGCCGACAAAGUGUCACCCACAAGUGGACAGCACCAAGCUGCUCAUCUCCUGCAGUCGAUGAAGGCGAAGUUCAAAGAUCUCCUCCGUAUCUCAGACGAAGUCUUCCUGAUGAACUGUAAGUUGACGCGAACACCUGAGAUGGACCGACUCAAGGAGCUGCUUGCUAAGAUGAAGAAGGCCAUGUUAGAGCACCAACGCCAGACGCCCAACCUGUGCGCAGAAAUCAUCAAGCGGCUGCCCAGCUGGUGCCAGACGAAGUGCAGCCCGAAGUGUCCCGUACUGGGGUGGCCAGACUACGUGGACGCAGUCAAAGAGAUCGACCCACAUGUGGAUGAAGACUUCCUGCGGGAGUCUACACGAUUUCUGGACCAUCUGGGGGAGAUCAUCUUCACCUGUCCGAGUUCUUCUGAUCCCAUCAUUGUCCUGAAGCCCAACUGGCUCUGCACAGAUGUCUUCGGUCCAAUGAUGGCACCAGUCAACUUCCCCAUUCCCCGCCUGGAGAGAACAAGCGAAGACUACGUCACCAGGGAGGAGAUCCAGCGCGUCUUCCAAGACGUUGCUGACGUGGAUCUCCUCAUCACCCUGCUGCAAGAGUUCCAGCUCUGCCACUCCUAUGACGGACAGACCUUCAUCUUCCCAGGGCUGAUGAAACAAACCAUACCUGCCGAGGUUUGGAAACCAACACCUGAGCCAAGGGCGGUCUACUUCGGGAAGCAAGUCCAGUGUGCCGAGUCCACUGACAUGUUCUCCUCCGGGUUCUUCCCCCGAGUGCAGACCCGCCUGAUGAGGGAGCAGGAGAAUCGCCCGCUGCUGUGGAGAGAUGGCGCCAAGUGUGUGGACAGGAAUGUGGAAGGUCUGAUCAAACUCUCUCCGGACGGCCGUGCAGCCAACAUCUGUGUCCGGAGUGCGCAGGGUGACAAGGUGCAGUGCGGCAAGAUGCUGCAGCAGCUGGAGAACAUCAUCGCUGAUGUGCUGGAUGAGUGCAGCCCAGGAACAGGCACAGAAGAGAAGGUGCUCAGCGCUCGUGCACUGACGGAACACAGGGAGGAAUUCUACUCCUAUGGCAAGGAGGAGAUCAGCAAGGCAGCAGCAGAGGGCGGUACAAUCGUCCAUCCCUCCCUCGGGUUCACGGAACAGGUCAGUGACCUGCUCUGUAGAAAUAACGAAUAUAAGUCACUGCGUUACACCAAGGAUGGAUCCAGAGGAGAGCCUGAACAACGGAGAAACAGUAAAGAAAGAGCAGAUAUCGACAAAGGUGAACAACUUCCAGAAGAUGUAGAACCGACAAGAGAGAGAGGAAGGGAAGGGGAAGACAGUCGUCUAAUGCCACAGACACCUCAGCCAAAAAUCAAGACUCCACAAGAAACCAGCACCGAUGUUCCUGUGAUUCGUCAAGGUCCCAGAGGACCCGUAAUCUUGUUGAUCAGCGACGAGUAUGGAACUUCCAAGGGGGGAGUUUCUACCGUCAACUGCGACGCGAGCCAAACCCUGAAGGGCAAGGCAGUCGUGUACGCCACAGUCCUACAGCUGAAUGUACCUGAACAAGACCAGGAGGCCGCAGACAGAGACGGCGUCAUCCUGAUACAGCCAGAUCCAUCAGGCCUGACGACUGCGCCAAAUUUAGACUGGCUCACCCACUACCACUUGCACCACUUCCCAAACCUCCCUCAGGACGUCACCUGCAUCAUCGGCCACGCCGACAUCACAGAUACGGCGGCACGAAACAUCAAGGAUAAACGCUAUCCACAUGCAGACCUCAUGACGUUCACCCACGUCAUACCCGAGGAUACAGAGUACUACAAGGGAGGCCGGAAUGCCAUGAAAGCACGGGAGAAAGAGAAGGACAUGCUCGAUAAAGUACACAACGCAAAGGCAGCUUUCUCGGUGGGCAAACAGGUCUUCGACCACUUCAGCACCAAGUACAAGGGAAGGAAGAAGCCCCAAAUUCACCACAUCUUCCUCCCGAAGCCAUCCAAGAUUUUUCUGGACGCCGAUGUGAAACCCGGAGGAGAGCAGAAAGUCGUCCUGUCCAUCGGCAGGGUGAGGAAGGUGGAGAGGCUGAAAGGUCAUGACCUCACAGCACGGGCCUUGGGAGAAGUAGUGGAGGUGAUCCGUAACGUUCGCUGGGACGUGCGCGGCAUCAGCGAGCUCAAGGAUGAAUACGACAUAAGCAAGAAGAUCCUGGAGGACGCCCUGAACAGCGGCAAACUGAAGCCAAACCUCAUGUCGUACGGGACCCAGGAGGACAUCAGGGACGACAUGGAGAUGGCCCACCUGGUCCUGAUGCCGUCCCGCUCCGAGCCGUUCGGGCUGGUCGGCCUGGAGGCCAUCGCCGCAGGCAUCCCCGUCCUCAUCUCCAACCAAACCGGCCUGGCAGAGAUGAUCCUCGACCUGAUCAAGGAGAAGAAACUCAGCCCAGAGCACAGGAACGUCAUCGUGGAGACCAGCGUGAAUGACUACGACCCUGCGGGAGACGCAAAGAGGUGGGCAGACCGAAUCGUGGACGUCCUCCAGCACAGCGACUCGGAGUUCGAGAAAGCCGCCAGGUUCAAGCGGGAGCUCGUGGAGUCCAGGUACUGGGAGGAAUCCCACAAUGCCUUCCUGCAGGCCUGCGGCAUCACGACUGCAGCAGAUCAGUAGAGGUCAGGGGGCAACAGUGGACACGGUGGGCACAGUAAUGGUCG